AGUUGUCAAACCGGUUUGCUGCUAAAAUAGGCAGAUAUAUAUCACCUGUACACCUCAGUGACGAGGGAACUCACCGGUCAGUGGAGGUACAAAACAGUGUUACCUGAAUUCAUUUCACAGGUAAUUACAGAAAAGAGCCUCACCCAUCAAGUUUCGUGAAACAAAAAGUGAAAUACCUGGAUGGCCUGAUGUGAUUAUGACAUAGGUGAAGAUCUGUGUGGAAUUGUUGACUGAGGGACAUUUUGGAUAUUUCGGCUGUCAUCGUAAGUGAAAUUUACACCUGAACUUCGCCAUGUAUCAAACAUCAGGAUCGUCGCAUCACCACGGUUAUAUGCGUAUUCAAUACUUGAAUUACGUACGAAAUUCACGAGCUAUAGCUGUAAUCUGGGGCAUUUUUACAAUCUGCUUCGCAAUAUUGAAUAUCGUGGCAUUUAUCCAGCCACAAUGGAUUGGAGAUACCGAGGAGAGUCCGCAGGUAGGGUACUUCGGUCUCUUCAGCCAUUGCAUAAGGAACGGUCCGGCAUCGACGUACGAGUGUGAAGGCGAGUUCACGGACUUUAGCACGAUCCUGAGCGGUUCCUUCCAGGCAGCUGCCUUCUUCGUCGGCUUCUCCGCUCUCCUUUUCCUCAUCUGCAUCGCCUGUUUCCUUCUCUUCUUCAUUCUGAACACGGCCACAGUCCUCCAGAUCUGCGGGUGGAUGCAGGCCAUAUCAGCAUUGUCCAUGUUCCUUGGCUGUGUGAUCUACCCCAAUGGUUGGGACAAUAACACAGUGAAGAGUGUUUGUGGAUAUGCAGUGACAAGCAGCUACAACAGAGGGUCUUGUGGACUUCGCUGGGCCUUUAUUCUGUCCAUUAUCCUGAUUUUUGAUGCCAUCAUCCUUGCACUUUUGGCCUUCCUUCUUGCAUACAAACAAAUGAAACUCCUUCCAGAAGUGUAUGAGAAGGGAGAUCACUCAAAAUCUGAGCUGAACGGGUAUAGUGACACCUAUGCCUCCAAGUCCCACACAAUGGACCGUUUCUCUGAGUACUCUACCCAUCGUUCUGAGCGUUCCAAACACUCCCAGAGCCACAGCCACAGGUACUGAGCAGGCCAUCCAAACACCUCAGUAAAGUUCUGAAACACACAGGAGAUGGACAGGGUCACUGUUGACGACUUUUUAACUGCAAAUUCCCUGAGAAAUAGAAACAUUACUUUUUGAUACAGAAUCAUGGGUUUUUAUUUGUAGAUCACCUUGAAGGCCUGUUCAGGGAAUUCUUUGAUUCUUACUUCUUGUCCCAUUUAAUUUUUGAAAUUGUAUAUAGAUGUUUAUAUAUUUUUCUAGUAUAAUAUGUGUAGUACUUUUUGGAUACUGUUGUGUUGAAGGACUUUAGUAGUACAACAUUUGUUUGUAAUGAAUUAUGAAUCAAGUUUCCUGCACUAAAAGUGUAAUUUAGUUUAAUUUACAAACUUGAAUUUUUAAGACCUUUUUUUUCGCUCUACACUCAAGUCAUAUUAUGUGCACAUCAAAAGGCACAAAAGCUGCUGAGGCAUAGACAUUAGUCUCUACCUGGGCUAAAUUUCGCAAAACAGCAUGAAUGAAUUUUUUGUAACAUUUUUUGUCAGAUAUGUGACAUGUAUGUAAUUGCAUCAUUGCUUCGAUAGUGUCAGUUCCAAAAAAGGUACAAAAAACAAUAACAUUGUAAAAAUCGCUUGAAUGCAAGUCAGUGUAUCAGACAAGCAAUACAUAUAUCCAUGGUUUACAUUCCAGUUGUGAUAAUCCUUUAAUUCUUGAAUGUUCAGCAUUGUAUAUUUGCUUUGUAUCAAUUUUACCGAUCGUUAUUCAUGCUUUUUGUAUCUCAAUAUGAAUAGUUACCUUGUGUAUAUAUAUGUGUGUAUUUUAGCAACGAUUUUUAAGCCUUCCUUAGCCUGUUACUGAGUAUGUUCAUGUAUUGUGUAAUUUAAAAAUGUGUACAUCAUAAUUUAAUUGUACAUUUGCCCUACAUACUAGAUAGAUAUUAUUUUAUGUAUCCUCUAUGUUAAGUCCUCGACAGAAAAAUGUAAAAUUCCAGGUCUUGUAUUAGAUCUUUGUAAAUUGUUAUGAUUGUAAUGACAAGCGUGAAAACAUUUUGGGCAGGGAGCUAUGAAAAGACCAUUUGACGAUAUGUGUGACCUUUAAUUCAAAGAACAGAAAAUGUAGCGCUGCAAAACUUAGAAAUGUUCAUGUGAAGGAGAAAAGAGGCCUGUCAUUUAGGUCAAGACCAUUAGGGCAAGGACGCGAAUUGUCAACCGGGCAAACAUUAGGGCGUGGGAUUCAUGGCCACCAAAUACUCUAACUAGGUAAUAAAAGCUGUUCUUCUUAUUUCCUUUUCCUGGGCGCAAAAACUUAACCUAUGGUAAAAGGUUAUCCAUAUCUCGUGAAAUAAAACUUUUAAGAUAGCUGAAAA